AUGACGUAUCAUCUCAUAUCCAUCUUAUUGAUUAUUAUUAUCGGUCAAAUCAAUGACAUUAAUGCAAAUCGGAUAACUUCAAUAAAUGAAGAAUCUUCAUCAAUGCGUCGUGUAUGUUAUGUUACAAAUUGGUCUCGAUAUCGAUCUGGUGAAGCUAAAUUUGAAAUUGAAUUUAUUGAUCCAUUUAUGUGUUCUCAUAUUAUUUAUGCUUAUGCCACUGUCGAUGAAAAUAAACCUGAAAUUAUACCAAUACAAAAAGAUGAUCUUGAACAUUAUCGAGAACUUGCUUUAUUAAAAAGAACAAAUCCAAAUUUAAAAAUAUCUAUUCGAUUAGGUGGUAAAAUUUCUCAAUAUACACGAUAUUUAAAACAUUCAAAAAUGGCUACACAACUUGUUCGUAGUCUUAUAUGGUAUAUGGCAACAUAUGGUUUUGAUGGAAUUGAUAUAGCACUUGAAUUUCUUGAUGCAGAUGUUCCAGAAGAUAAAGCUGCAUUAACAACAUUAAUUGAGGAACUAGCUAAACAAAAACGAUUAAUGUUACGAUCAAUAAUUACAUUAACAGCAGCACCAUUUGUAGAAAAUCUUGUAAAAGUAUAUGAUAUUGACAAAAUUGGAAAUCUUGUAGAUUAUAUCAAUUUAAUGACUUUUGAUUUUUAUGGUCCAUGGGAUGAAAAAACAGGUGUAUUUGCACCAUUAUUUCAUCAACAUUAUCAAGUGGAAGCUGAAUCACUUCGCAAUGUUGAUGGUCUUGUUAAAUUAUGGCUUAGUCUUGGUAUAUCACGAGGAAAAAUUAUUAUUGGUAUACCAGCUUAUGGUCGUUCAUUUACAUUAUCAAGUAGACAAACAAGUCUUCAUGCACCUGCUAAUGGUCCAGGUUUUCCUGGUCGAUAUACAAAAACUCGAGGUUUUCUUUCAUAUUAUGAGGUUUGUGAAAAAGGACAAUCUCAAAACUGGCAACGUGUAUGGUUAGAUUCUGAAAAAGCAUGGUAUAUGACUAAUGGUGAUCAAUGGAUUACUUAUGAAGAUGUUGAUUCGGCAGCACUUAAAGCACAAUAUGCAAAAGCAGAACAACUUGGUGGUGUAUUUAUAUGGAGUAUUGAUAAUGAUGAAUUUUCUGGUUUCUUUUGUAAUACGGAACCAUUUCCAAUAACUCGACAAGUUUUUUCAACUCUCAAUCUUCCUGUACCAGUAACAAGUCCAUCAUCAAUAUCUAUUCAACAACGAAUGCCAGCUGCUAUUGGUCCUGUUACUGUUGCUCCAACAGUUCGUUUUGUUAAUGUGCAAGCUCAAAAUUUACCACCAGCAUCAUCAUCAUCAUCAAUAAUACCUAAUAAUUUACAACAAUUAUUAAAUGCUCUUAGUAUUUUAUCAGGUACAACAAGUUAUACACCUAUUGUUGAAUCAACAGCACCACCACCAGUUGCACAUCAAACAUAUAAUGCUGAAUAUAUAUGUGUUCGUCAUCAUGCUGGUCGUAAUGGAAUAUAUCGUGAUCGUAAAAAUUGUUCAAUAUUUUAUUUUUGCGAAGGCAAUGAUUUAUCUUCAUUACGUUAUCAUAUAUUUUUUUGUCCGCCUGGACUUGAAUUUUCAAUGGAUGCAUGUACAUGUGAUUGGCCAACAGGUCGUUCAUGUCAAACAACAGGUGACACAUUUUGUGUAACACAUCCAUCAAUGACAACAACAACGACAACGACAACAACAACAACAACAACAACAAUCCAAUCAAAUAUUCCACAAUCAGCUAUGUUUGCAUUAAAUGGUUUAGGUCAAUUAUUAGGUAUAUCAGGUGGUUCAACACCAAUAUUUGAUUGUGCUGGUCGACGAUCUGGUCUUUAUCGAGAUAUGUAUGAUUGUACAAAAUUUUAUUUUUGUACAACUAAUAAUCAACCAUCAGAUGGUACAUUACUUCGUUAUGAUUUUAUUUGUCCAACAAACUAUGCAUUUAGUAUGACAACAUGUCGAUGUGAACUUGGACAAAGUCAUACAUGUCAUACAUUAACAAAAACUGAUUGUCUUCUUUUGUAA